CCCCUCUCUACCUCACCAACCCCAGAUCUUAAACUCCUUCCCUCCUUUCCCUCUCCGUGUCUGAUCGGCGGUCCCGGGGUCGGGGAAAGCGAGAGCGAUGCAGACGGAGUCGGGGAUUGUGCCGGAUUUCGAAGUCGGGGAGGAGUUUCACGAAGAACCCAAAACGUAUUACGAGUUGAAAAGUCAGCCCCUGAAAAGCAGCAGUUCAACGGAGCAUCCAGGGGCAUCCAAGCCUCCGCUAAGCGCCUCUGGUAUGACAUCACGAAUUUUGCUACGACAGCAGCUCAUGCGUGAGCAGAUGCAGGAGCAAGAGCGGCGUGAGCAGCAACAGAAGCAACAAGCAGCCCAGUUCAUGCAACAGAGAGUACCUGUGAGUCAAACACCGGCCAUUAACGUCAGUGUCCCUACUAGCCUUCCUCCUGCUACCCAGGUGCCAAUGGAAGUCUUAAAGGUGCAGACCCACCUUGAAAAUCCUACCAAGUACCACAUUCAACAAGCCCAAAGGCAGCAGGUAAAGCAGUACCUUUCUACCACUUUAGCAAAUAAACAUGCCAACCAAGCUCUGAGCUUGCCCUGUCCAAACCAGCCUGGCGACCAUGUUAUGCCACCUGGACCUGGAAGCAGCGCACCCAACAGCCCAAUGGCUAUGCUUACACUUAACUCCAACUGUGAAAAAGAGGGAUUUUAUAAGUUUGAAGAGCCAAGCAGGGCAGAGAGUGAAUGUCCAAAUCUGAACCCACAUUCGCGAGCAUCGUGUAUGCAGAUGGAUGAUGUAAUUGAUGACAUAAUUAGUCUAGAAUCAAGUUAUAAUGAAGAAAUCCUCGGUCUGAUGGAUCCUGCACUGCAGAUGGCAAACACGUUGCCUGUGUCUGGUAAUUUGAUUGAUCUUUAUGGCAACCAAAGCAUGCCACCUCCAGGCCUAACAAUCAGCAACUCCUGUCCAGCCAAUCUUCCCAACAUUAAAAGGGAACUCACAGCGUGUAUUUUUCCUACAGAAUCAGAAGCAAGGGCAUUGGCUAAAGAAAGACAAAAAAAGGACAAUCACAACUUAAUCGAACGAAGGCGAAGAUUUAAUAUCAAUGAUCGUAUUAAGGAGCUAGGCACUUUGAUACCCAAGUCAAAUGACCCCGACAUGCGCUGGAAUAAAGGAACUAUUCUAAAAGCAUCUGUGGAUUAUAUCCGAAAACUACAGCGAGAGCAGCAGCGCACAAAGGAACUUGAGAAUAGACAAAAAAAACUAGAACAUGCUAACAGACAUCUUUUACUCAGAAUACAGGAACUUGAGAUGCAAGCUCGAGCACAUGGACUUUCCCUCAUUCCAUCUACAGGCCUUUGUUCUCCAGAUUUGGUAAAUCGUGUCAUCAAACAAGAACCGAUACUUGAAAACUGCAACCAAGAGGUCUUACAGCGCCACCCAGACCUGACCUGCACUACGACCCUUGAUCUUACUGAUGGUACCAUCACUUUCAGUAGUAAUUUAGGGAAUGGGACUGAAAGUACCGCCGGCUAUAAUGUCCCCACAAAAAUGGGCUCCAAAUUGGAAGACAUCUUGAUGGAUGAUACUCUCUCCCCCGUGGGGGUAACCGAUCCUCUUCUCUCAUCUGUGUCUCCUGGAGCUUCUAAAACAAGUAGCCGGAGAAGCAGCAUGAGCAUGGAGGAUGCUGAUCAUGCUUGUUAGCAGAAAAUAUCUGACCGGCCCUCUCAUAAACUGCUUAAUUUCUUGAUCAGUAGUUUGAAUAAUUUACCUUUGGCAGUUUUGGGGAUAAUUUCCCUUUAAUACAAAAGCUCCUCAUGCUUCAUCAAUAGCCCAGAGUAUACUUUUUUUAUUUUUUAAAAGAACUUGUACAUUCUCUUUGACAACUACAAAUGCCUCCAAAGUAUUGUACAACACACGUACAGUAUCUGUGAACUGGAUUCAUCAACUUUUGAAUUCUUGCCGUAACUAUUCAGAGAAAUAUUAUUUUGAAUCAAAAUCACAGUCAAUUUUUAUUCAAGUGAAACUUUGUUUGAAGCCUACUUUGACAUAUAAAACCUAAUGAAAGAAUGUAAAACAACCAAAAAAACCCUAUCCCAUAUUGUAAACCAGUUGAUUUUACUAGUGCUGCCUUAAAGGUACACCUUUCAUCCAGCAUUAAGUUUUAUCUUUACAUUACAGAGUAUUUUAAAAAAAAUGUUACCACACUCUCAAAGGGCAACCACUUUUAUGUAUUAUCAAGGAAGAAAACGCUAGCUCUAGAGUGUGUGAGAGGAAGCGAGAUACCAAGAGGCCAUCAAAACAAAGAGUGCCUCUUGACAAUCUGAUUUUUCAAAUUCUCUGUAUUCAUAUACUUUUUCCUAAAGGAGUGUAGUGUUUUUUUCCUCCUUCACUUUUUCAUAAAAAUCUUUUAUUUUGGAAAGGGCCUCAGAAUUUCAAAUUUCAAAGUAAAAUAUCACAGAAACCUUGAAAUGGUUCCCUCCCCCCGAUUUUCAGACCAAAAAAAGUGAUACUUUUCUAAACUGGGCAUAUUUCUAAUUGGCCUUACUACAUUUGUUUUGAAAUUAUAUUUUACCAUUCAUUUGAUUUGUAUGGAUUCUGUAUCUUUUUUUUUCUUUUCAGUAUCUUUGUAUUCAUUUGUAAGACCAUGCAUUGUAAAAUUGCAACAGAUUUCAACAUUUUUAAAACACAAGUGGUUUAUGCAUUCUUUGUAAACACAUGAAGGAAGCUUUUAUGUGAGGUCUUGUGUUUAAAGAGAGAUAGAUUUGCCAAUUUUUGUAUAUUACACUCACUUGGAAAUAUUUUUAAAAACAUUUAAGGUCUAGUAUAAAUAGAUUAGUUAAAUAAACAAGGCUUUACAUAGGAAAAAAAAACUUAGAUAUUUAUUUUUAGUGAUACGAAAUGGUAACAUUCUUGAAAAUGGAUAGUUAUAGAGUUAAUAUGCCCAUAAUAGUAAUUUAAAUUGGGGUUUAUUUCAGCAAUCUUGCUGGGUUAUUUUUUAAAAAAGAGAGAUUAAUUACUAU